GACUAAUAUAUUACAACUGAAUACCCUCGUUUUCCCGCCAAGAGAGAGGCAAUCUUAGGGUUGUUUCCCGCCAAAUCACAAAGCCAAGGACUAAGGAGAAAAAGCGAAAGACACAUUGGCCUUGUUCUCUCUCACAACUUCCAGUCUUUUUUCUCUCUGGUCUUAGAAUCUCCGAGGACGAAACCCUAAAGUUUGAAAGAAAUGGACGUCAAUCAACAAGAAUUUCAGGAACGCAAGCGAGAAUUCUAUGAUUUCUUGGAAUUAAGUAUAUACCAAGAUGAGUUGAAGGCUAUGAUCAACCACAAGCGCCGCCGCCUCAUCGUCAACAUCUCCGAUCUCUACACUUUCCGUGAAGAUUUGCCUCCCAGGCUUCUUAGAAAUCCAGGUGAGUACCUGCAACCAUUCUGUGACGCGGCCACGGAGUGGGCACGCAAUAUUGACCCCAAGUACUUGAAGGAAGGAGAACAAGUUCUUGUGGGCUUUGAAGGCCCUUUUGUCUCCCGACGUGUCACUCCGAGGGAACUGCUCUCUCAAUUCAUUGGCUCCAUGGUUUGCGUUGAGGGCAUUGUCACUAAAUGUUCUCUUGUACGGCCAAAAGUUGUUAAAAGUGUUCACUUCUGCCCUACAACUGGGAACUUCACUACUCGUGAGUAUCGAGAUAUUACAUCGAAUAUGGGUGUGCCAACUGGCACUGUAUAUCCCACAAGGGAUGAUAAUGGAAACUUGUUGGUGACUGAGUAUGGACUGUGCAAGUACAAAGAUCAUCAAACCUUGUCAAUGCAAGAAGUGCCUGAAAAUUCUGCUCCUGGUCAGCUUCCUCGAACGGUAGAUAUCAUAGUUGAGGAUGACCUGGUUGAUUCAUGCAAACCUGGAGACCGUGUUGCCAUUGUAGGGAUAUAUAAAGCUAUUCCUGGAAAAAGCAAGGGCAGUGUGAAUGGAGUAUUCAGAACUGUUCUGAUUGCUAACAAUGUUUCUCUACUUAACAAAGAAGCAAAUGCACCUAUCUACACUCCAGAAGACUUGAAAAACAUAAAAAAGAUAGCUGAGAGAGAUGAUACAUUUGAUCUACUUGGUAAUUCGCUUGCACCUUCUAUAUAUGGGCAUUCAUGGAUAAAAAAAGCUGUGGUUUUAUUGAUGCUUGGUGGAGUGGAAAAGAAUUUAAGGAAUGGCACACAUCUACGAGGGGACAUUAACAUGAUGAUGGUUGGUGAUCCAUCCGUUGCCAAGUCUCAACUUCUGAGAGCAAUUAUGAAUAUUGCUCCAUUGGCCAUAUCAACUACUGGACGGGGUUCAUCUGGGGUGGGGUUGACAGCUGCUGUUACUUCAGAUCAAGAAACAGGAGAAAGAAGACUUGAAGCUGGUGCCAUGGUUCUUGCAGACAGAGGUGUUGUCUGCAUUGAUGAGUUUGACAAGAUGAAUGAUCAAGAUCGUGUUGCUAUACAUGAGGUUAUGGAGCAGCAGACCGUGACUAUAGCUAAAGCUGGUAUCCAUGCAUCUCUGAAUGCUCGUUGCAGUGUGGUGGCUGCUGCUAAUCCUAUAUAUGGAACUUAUGACCGUUCAUUGACUCCAACAAAGAACAUUGGACUUCCAGAUUCUUUGCUUUCUCGUUUUGAUUUACUCUUCAUUGUAUUGGAUCAAAUGGACCCCGAUAUUGACCGUAAAAUCUCCGACCAUGUCUUGCGGAUGCACCGAUUUCGGUCUGUAAUUGAUGGAGGAGAAGCAGGACUUGAUGGGAAUUCAAGAUAUGGAAGGGAAGAUGAAGCCGAUACUGAUCAAUCUGUCUUUGUCAAGUAUAACAGAAUGCUUCAUGGGAAGAAAACACAAAGGGGUCAGAAAUGUGAUACACUCACCAUCAAGUUUCUGAAGAAGUAUAUUCACUAUGCAAAGCAUAGGAUUCAGCCUGAGCUAACUGACGAGGCAUCUGAACAUAUUGCAACAGCAUAUGCAGAGCUCAGGAAUGGGAGUUCAAAUACAAAGACUGGAGGAACUCUUCCAAUUACAGCUAGAACCUUAGAAACCAUAAUUCGUCUCUCAACUGCUCAUGCUAAAUUGAAGUUGAGCAGGAAGGUUUCAAAGUCUGAUGUAGAAGCUGCCUUAAAAGUUCUAAAUUUUGCAAUAUAUCACAAAGAAUUGACUGAAAUGGAGGAGCGUGAACAAGAACGGCUGAGAGAAUUGGACAGAAAUGAAAGAUCAGAGCAUCGCCGAGGAGGAAAUGACAGACGAGAUAAUGGUCCUACUCAUAAUGAACGCUCAACAACGGAUGCUAUGGACAUAGAUGAACCUCCAGCUGAUUCGGCUAUUAAUAUCUCCCCUCAAAGAGUGGAAGCAUUUAAUUCCAUAUUUGGUCAACAUAUGAGAGGAAACCGAUUGGAUUUGAUUACCAUUUCAGAACUACAAGAAAUUGUCAACCAUAGUUCAGAUGCUCGUUAUACAAGUGCAGAGAUAACAUUCCUAUUAGAGAAACUGCAAGAUGACAACAGAGUGAUGAUAGCUGAUGGAACAGUACAUAUGAUAUCAUGAUGUGGAAGAAGAGCAAGUCUAAUGGAAAAUUGUAAGAGUGAUGAAUCUGAGGUGCAUCGAAUGGAAUCUGCCAGCAGAGCUCUCACCUUGGAAGUCGCAUAUAUAAAUUGUGUGAAAAUCCCCGUUUCUCUUUUUCCCUAAGGAGAUGAAAUGCAGAAUUACGGUGGCUUAAGAGUAGGAGACUGAAGAGAUAUUACGUGGCAGAUGAUCUAUGUAUCUUGUAUCUAAUAUUCUAUAUAUUUUAUUAUGUUGUGACUCCAUUGAAAAAACCAAACUCUAGCAUGUUGAUGUUUGGUAGGUUUUAUUAUUCUAAUGUAAUCUCAAGAUUGUGAUUUUAAA